UUGGCAAUCGUUGACAACUAUGGUAUGACUAAUUUGAUAUUUGGAGUUGGAAUAGGAUUGUUCCUUAUUUUGAUUCUUUGGGCUUUGGCAUUAUUGGUAUUUAUUAUCUCUUUAAGAAUUGAAAAGAAAAUUGGUACUAUUGCUAUAUUAAUUGUUAGCAUAUGCACAAUUGUUUUAAUUGUAUUACCAAGGGCAUCAGAGAAAUUCAAUAGCACUAAUAAAAAGAUAUACGAUCAUUUAUUUAUCUGGCGUAUUUUAUUACUCGUAUUACUGUUAAUAUCAUCUAUAGUUGGUUUAGUAGGAUAUAUUAAAUUUGCAAUAACAGAAUCUAUUAGACCAAUUCGAAUAACUACUUGGGUUUUUUAA